UCCGGGGCGCCCAGGUCCGUCCAGAAUUUGCUCCCGAGUACCUCACUGUUCGAUUCCCCCGGAAACUACGACCCGUAUCCGCCGCGUUCCGUAGCCUGUGCUCUUAUUUCCCCGCGGCCUCUGAUGCUGAGGGAGACAGCCCGGGUGCAGCAGUAUGGAGGCGAAGGCGGGGUCCACCGCGGCUACCGAUGGUGCAUACUCGGUGUCUGCGGAGGAGACCGAAAAGUGGAUGGAGCAGGCGAUGCAAAUGGCCAAAGACGCCCUAGACAAUACUGAAGUUCCUGUUGGCUGCCUUAUGGUCUACAACAAUGAAGUUGUGGGGAAGGGGAGAAAUGAAGUUAAUCAAACCAAAAAUGCUACUCGACAUGCCGAAAUGGUGGCCAUUGACCAGGCCCUAGACUGGUGCCGUCGCUGCGGCAGGAGCCCUUCUGAAGUGUUUGAACACACCGUGCUGUACGUCACCGUGGAGCCCUGUAUCAUGUGCGCAGCUGCUCUCCGCCUGAUGAGAAUCCCGCUGGUUGUCUAUGGCUGCCAGAAUGAAAGAUUUGGUGGCUGUGGCUCUGUUCUGGAUAUUGCCUCUGCUGAUCUACCGAGUACUGGGAAACCAUUUCAGUGCACCCCUGGAUAUCGGGCUGAGGAGGCAGUGGAGAUGUUAAAGACCUUCUACAAACAAGAAAAUCCAAAUGCACCAAAAUCAAAGGUUCGAAGAAAGGAAUGUCACAAAUCCUGAAGUUGUUCUAAUGAAAGACUCAUGCCCCUGGGACGACAUUCUUGGACAGAAAGCUGUGGACAUCGUUGAAGCAUAUGUUUAUAUAUUGUCCAUAAUUUGCAGGAAAAUGGUUUCUCAUCAUUAGCUCUGUUAAGGGAACAAAUGAGCACUUUUUAAAAGGCUGACAGUUGCAAACAACUCCUAGCUUUUCCACAAGCUGAAAGACCAUUUUUAAGAAGGGGAAAAGUUAAAGAUUGAGGUUUUAGAAAUUAGCAAGCAGUGUCUGUUCUUCAUGCCAAAAUCAUUAUGCCUGGUCCAGGAAUGCACUGACUUUCAGAGGAUGUGUAUCCAGACUCAGUUGCCUGGUGUGUCUGCCUGGAGAGCAUCACCCGACAGACAGCUGCUGCUCCAGGCCUUUCAGAUGGGGACCCUUCAUCCUUGGCAGCCACCACGUUCUCCCGGGUUGCAUGUGUAGGGGAGGGAGACUUCCUUGGAAGUUGUAUUAAUAUAUGAAUCAUAUACAUAUUGGACCACGAUUCUGUGGUCCUUAGAAGAGAUUUUUGCUUUUAUAAAGCAUUUAGAGAAAAUGCAUACUUUUAAAACACAUGUUCAUCAUUUAACAGCAUACUGCUAUCAUAAAACCUUAUUCAUGCCUUCUUUGAAGAUGAAUCAUCUUAAAAAUAAAAGAAAUGCCUAAGUGGAUGACUCUUUCUUUGUUACUGAGCAGCUCUACUGUGCCAGGCCCUGUUCGUUCACUGAAGUGAAAGUUGCUUGGUCGUGUCCAACUUUGCAGCAACCGCAUGAACUGUAGCCCUCCGGGCUCCUCUGUCCAUGGAAUUCUCCAGGCAAGAAUACUGGAGUGGGUUGCCAUUAGCAAAAUGAAGUAUCUUGUCCUCAUGGAGCUUCUAGUCUAACAGGAGGAGACAAUGAUCAUAAUAGAUUAUACAGUAUGUUAGAGGUUGAUAAGAAUUAUGGCAAAAAGAACAAGGCAGAGGGGGUGGGCAUGCCCCUCAGUAGGAGGAAUGGUUGCAGGAUUAAAUAGAAUGAUUCAUUACACCUGAAAUCAAACACAGCUAUUUCUCUAUGAAAAUCCAGAUUUAGAAUUUAAAGUCUACAAUGUAAAAGUGACUUCCCUGGCAAUCCAGUGGUUAAGACUCUGAGUUUCCACUGCAGGUAGCAAGGGUUCCAUCCCUGGUUGGGAAACUAAGAUCCCAUAUGCCAUGCAGCGUGGC